AUGAAAGCGGCUCAGAAUCGUCAAAAGUCUUAUGCUGACUUGGCUAGAAGACAGGUGGAGUUUUCAGUUGGGGAUAAGGUUUUGUUGAAGGUGUCUCCCACCCGGGGAGUAAUGCGGUUUGGGAAGAAAGGGAAGUUAAGCCCUAGGUUUAUAGGCCCGUAUGAAAUCCUGGAGAGGAUUGGGAGUUUGGCGUACCGUUUGGCGUUACCUUUGGAGUUGGAUAGAGUGCAUAAUGUGUUUCAUGUAUCGCAGCUCAAGAGAUAUGUUCACGAUCCGGCUCAUGUUUUACCACUGGAAGUGUUACCGAUAGAGGAAGAUUUGUCUUAUGAAGAAAGGCCGCUCAGAAUUUUGGACUUCAAGACUCGGGACACUCGUAGGAAAUCUGUUAGGAUGGUAAAGGUUUGGUGGUCUCAUCAUGGGGUUGAAGAAGCUACUUGGGAGCUGGAGGCAUCGAUGCGGGAGCGGUACCCUGAGUUAUUUGUGGAAGGUAUCUCGCCUUCUUAG